CAUUUGGACGAUGCAGCCGUGGAAGACGUCCGUCGAUAGGAAGCGAAUUUAUCGUAGAUUUUUCUCGGCCGAAAUGUUUAGAAAACCCUUGAUCUUCGUUCGUUCAUUCACGUGCUCCCGCUGUUUGAAAUAUAAGAGGGAUAGUUUCACGAGCGCGGUGGUCAUUCAGUUUUUAGUCACGGCUUAACCACCUCGUCGACAGCAUGUGUCGCUGGUUGCCUCUCGCCGAACCGAGCAGCUCGCUGAAACCCAGCGAUAUGUCGACUUGAAGCGAGUCGUUACUUCGAUCGGAAGUUUCAGUGGGAGAUUUCGAUCCGCUUUUCCGCAAUUUGCAAAACGGACCGAGGAAACUCAGUGAAAAGUGCACAGGAAGAUUCUGAGACCGCACUUCGAACUUGUUGUCAAUUCGAGGAACACUGCGAAAGAUGGCAUGCCCGUUAUCAGGUGGAAUCGCAGAGGACCGCGACCAGGAUAACGGCCAGCUAACCGAAGGUCCUGGCAUGCUUUAUGGCGAAUAUCUUCGACUGGACAAGAUCUUGACCGCGCAGAGACUACUGAGUGCAGAGUACAGCAAGGAAGUGCACGAUGAACAUCUUUUUAUCAUUACUCACCAAGCGUACGAACUCUGGUUCAAGCAGAUCAUCUACGAGCUGGACACGGUCAGGGCGCUCUUCAACUCGGAGCCGAGCGGCUACGAUUCCGCGUUGAAUGGUACCUCCAACAACCGUUCCAUACAGAAGAAUCGGCUCUCCCAGGUCCUGAACGAGUCGAGGACCCUGGAGAUCUUGAAGAGAUUAAACCGCAUCGUCCUCAUUCUGAAACUUCUAGUGGAGCAAGUGACCAUCCUAGAGACAAUGACACCGCUGGACUUCAUGGCGUUUCGUGACUACCUUUGCCCAGCUUCCGGUUUUCAGUCGCUUCAGUUCCGUUUGUUGGAAAACAAACUGGGCGUGAGGCAGGAACACCGAGUCAAGUACAAUCAGAGUUACACCAGAGUCUUCGGCAGAGAUCCGAAAGCAAUCGAAGCGAUCAAGCGUUCGGAAGAGGAGCCGAGUCUCAGCUGCCUGGUUCAAGGAUGGCUGGCGAGGACACCGGGCCUCGAAACCCACGACUUCGAUUUCUGGGGAAAGUACAAGAGAUCUGUGGAGAAGCUGCUCGCCGAACAGGAACAAUUUGCUCGAAAACAACCAUCGGAACAGCUAAAGAAUUACCAUCUAUCCAACGUGCGUUCCCGGCAAGCAGCCUUCGAGACGAUUUUCAACGAGUCCCUUCACAACGCCCUCGUGACACGAGGGGAACGGAAGUUCGUGUACGCGGCGCUUCAAGGAGCCGUGAUGAUCACUUUGUACCGCGACGAGCCGAGAUUCAGCCAGCCGCAUCAAAUCCUGACCUCGCUGAUGGACAUAGACUCCCUCAUCACGAAAUGGAGGUAUAAUCAUGUGCUGAUGGUGCAAAGAAUGAUCGGAUCGCAGCAACUCGGAACUGGCGGAUCCUCCGGGUACCAGUACCUGAAGUCCACCUUAAACGACAGGUACAAAGUGUUCCUGGAUCUGUUCAACCUGUCCACGUUCUUAAUACCUCGACACAUGAUCCCGCCGUUGACGAAGCAAAUGAAGACGAAACUGUCGAUCGCCUGCAACGGAUGGAACCCGGACGACAAUCAGAACAACUCCGACUGCACCCUCGAGGACACGUAAAUCGAUAAGCGCCCCUCGAUGGCGAUAAUACGCGCAACAUGUUCCACCGGGAAGCAUUUUCGAGGCACGUCGAACGAGAACACGCAGGAAGUAAGGCAGAGCGUCGAUAAAUAAAAUCUUUUAUUACAAACUAUCCCCUGGCGCGCGUUGAAAAGUUUGUAAAAAUCAUGGAGGCCGUGCGGCUGAUCGCACGGAACAAUACUAACAUAACAACUGCGUAACUAUUAUCAUGAACGUAGCUUAAUGUUAUUAACAUUAUUGUCAUUUCCGCAGACACUUUAGUUAAGGAUACACUGAUGGGCUCUAUGUACAUUUAAGGAUUAAUAUAAAUACUUUGAAAACGUUACGUUGUCUUAAUUCCGAG